CAUUGAAAGUACAUGCACUAGACACAUUCACCACAUCAUUACCUAGAUAGAUCUCUCAUAAUAUUGAUUUUUCAUAUUUUUCAAAGCCUCUAACUUCUAAUUCUAAUUCUAAUUGAAGAACUCUCUAGUUUACACUCCUACACUAAGUUAAAAAAGAGGAUUGAGUGGGGGAAUUGAUCAAGAGUUAGACCUGAUUAGUAAUAGUUAGUUAGGUGUGUAUUUUAGAGGGUGCGCUAAAAGUGGGCCAAAAGUUGGCACCAACAAUCAUCCAAAACCCAUCUUCUCGAACCAUUUAGACCUAUCCACGAAAGAGUAUCUUUGGGGAUAGGCUGCUUGUCUCACAUCCUCCCCGCAGCACAUCCUCCCCGCAGCUUUUUCUUUCCACGGCUUCGAUGCGUCGAGCAGCCACUUACGUUUUCCGUACAGCCCGCUGUCGCCCUCUCCGCAACCUCGGGCGGGCCUCUCCAGCACCGUUCACAGCCAACCAUGCAGUAGCGCUACGAGCUCUAUCCUCCACACGGAAAACCGCUGCUAUAACUCCCGCUACACUCCAAUCCUCUAUGCACUUCCGCAACUUUUCUCUGGCAUUUAUUUCAACGUUGGUGGCUUCAGGUGCGUGGUACGCCUACCAAGGUAGCCAACAGCCCGGUGGGGCCACAAACCCUUCUGGCUCAAGCAACAGCCUUGUAUCGCCCACUGGAAUUCACUCUAGGGGGGUUUCAUCGACGACUACUGCAAGUAUCAGCGCAGAGGAAACUGCUGCAGCUACACGCCGUGCUCUCUUGGUGGAGAAUGAUCAGUUCUACGCAAGCAAUAUUGUUGGCAACGGGCCCCUCUCAAAAGAAACGGACGAUUCGGGGAGACGAGUACUGGAAAUGUUAACUCCCGAACAAGCAACGCAGAAGCUGAGGCGGAAUGAAGAGUCUUAUUUGGUAGGCCGUGGAAGAGGCGUGGUCCGAUAUGAUGUUGUUCAAUUACCCAGUAACGACCCUAUCGAAGAUGACCACGCGGAAAAAAUAGUAGAAGUACCACAAUCAGUUGCCGCUUCUGAGGAUGGUACAACAUCCAGUGAUUGGAUGUUUUGGGGGGUAUUUGAUGGCCAUUCAGGUUGGACAACAUCUGCGAAACUGCGUCAGGCCUUGAUAUCCUUUGUUGCACGCGAAUUAAAUUCGACAUAUAAGUCUGCUGCCACAGAUCCGUCUAAGACAUUUCCGUCACCAGAAGCCGUUGACACUGCAAUAAGAAACGGCUUCGUCAGGCUCGAUCACGAAAUAGUCCACGAGAGCGUAAACAAGGUUAUGAAAUCGAAAUCGAAGCGGGUUGCCGCAGAGCUCCUCGCUCCUGCAUUAUCUGGUUCAUGCGCUCUUCUCGCCUUCUAUGAUAGCAGAUCGAACUUACUACGAGUUGCCUGCACUGGAGAUUCAAGAGCAGUACUUGGACGCCGGGCAGCUAGUGGGAAAUGGGUCGCUACUCCACUUUCAGAGGAUCAAACUGGUUCAACUCCAUCAGAAGUUGACCGGCUGCGUCGUGAACAUCCUGGUGAGCCAAACGUUGUUCGGAACGGUAGGAUCCUUGGUAACCUUGAACCUAGCCGGGCUUUUGGGGACGCAUUCUACAAGUGGACACGGGAGACCCAGGAUAAAAUCAAGCGACACUUUUUUGGAAGGACACCACACCAACUUUUGAAGACGCCGCCCUAUGUGACAGCCGAGCCUAUCAUCACUACCACACCGGUUGAACCUCUCAAUGGCGACUUCGUCGUCUUGGCUACGGAUGGUCUGUGGGAGAUGCUUACAAAUGAAGAAGUUGUUGGGCUUGUUGGGCAAUGGAUAGAACACCAGCGCUCCCUUGCUCAGGGUACACACGGGGGCGCCAAAGGCUGGUUGCAAGGCUGGUUCAGCUCUGAGUCGAAUUUACCUGUGGAGAAUAUUGAUGCGGGAAAGGCGAGUGGGCAACGCCUCCCAAUCCGCCAGCAGCAAUAUAACAUUCCCGCCACCAGCAGCAGAUUUGUCGUUGAAGACAAGAACGCAGCUACCCAUCUUGUGCGCAAUGCACUUGGCGGUAAAGAUCAGGAUAUGGUCUGUGCAUUGCUUACGCUUCCUAGCCCAUACUCUAGACGGUAUCGAGAUGAUCUCACAGUCGAAGUCAUUUUCUUCGGCGAAGGCCCUGACAGCGGAGAUGUGACAUUAAACACCGAAGCCAGCGCCAACGCAUCUGAAACGAAACCUAAGCUCUAGAAUCUCCAGCUCAAUUGCUUUCAGGAGUUUAGUUUGCUUGCGGCACCUUAUCGGCCUAUUGCACUGUGGAAAUGGUGACCUUCGUUCUCCAUUAGCCAGCUAUUGGAAAGGCGUUACGGAUAGACAGAUAUCUGUAUCUUUAUCGUUGUUCAAUUUCUACUCAGUUGAUUGUUUGCAUCGUAAAUUUCCGAGUCUUUCUCAUACUACUUUCUUGGUACGGUCGGAUCCCUUACUACUUUCAUAUUUCUCCUUCUUUUGUUGGGUUGUAGGUCCUUCUUCUAAAGAUCUGAUUGGCCCAGCUUGAAGAGAAUUUCCUGACGAAUCUCUCGAUAUACGUAUGUUAAAAGAUACGGUAGCUCUUUGAUUCUUUCUCGCUUCUCUUCGAUAUUUGUUCUUCUAGUUAUUAUUCCCUUUCAUGCAGCAUGAAAGUGCUAAAUUAAGCUACCAAUAUCCCCAAAACGGGGCUUGCUGAAGGCUCCAUAAACAAGUGAGAACAAUACACCAAAUCAAAUUAUGUACUGUGCAAGAUGUCGGCCCUAUCCAAAUAGAUAUCUGGGUAUUCUAUACCUUAAACCAAACAAUUUCAAGUCACUUGCCAGACGCACAAAAAAACACAUCAAAUCAAUGCGCCAAUGCCCAUGCCGCAGCCUUCCACCCGUUGUGUACUAGUUAUACAUAUGAUCUUCAUUCGAGAAAAUACAUGCUCCGAAGGCUCUCUUCCCCAUGGCCCCGUGCGAGGCCGGCAAGACAUUUUAUAUCUUGAUAUAUUUCUAUUCUCGUCCUCCCUCCAAAUCUCCCAGUAAGCUCCGUACGAGUGACCAUCCCGUCGAUAUUCCGUCAUAUGGUGAACAGAGUUCGGAUCCUUCCGGCGCAGUACAGGUCUAGUAGAUAGGGGGUAAACUUGUCUGGAGGACCUGUCACUGUAGAAUCCAUAAUGAA